UUAUUUUCUAGAUCUGGCCACACUCACCCCCAACCUCCUCUUCAACAAUUUUGAGAUCUUAGUUCAUAUUUCUUACUUUUUUCAGUAACUUGAAAAAUAUCUGGCACUUGAAAGUGGUCCUCUGGAGCUCACUAUCCAUGAACCUGUUCUAAGAUAAGAGCCAACAAUAAAGUAUAAUCCUUGAGUCGAACAACAAAUAGAUGGGAUUUGCUUGAAUAGUUAAUGAAACCUUGCAGGUUGUUCUCACAACCAUCAUAGUUAUCUAGUCAAUCUCAUCUUUCUCCGAAGCAAACUUGUUCAUGUCUUUGCAUGAGCAGUAAGUCCUAAAAGGGGCACAACACAAACAAUAUGAAUCGAAAGGGGUGAACCACCAGACCAAAUAGUUGUCAUGAUUUUUUUUCUCUUUUUUGAAGGCCAUGUUCAUUGAUAACUUUUCUCCACCAGAUACUCUUAGUGUUCUCCCAGUUAUCUUGUCAAUGUCGUCGUUUUAGGAAGCAAAUGGUGUUCAUGACUUCAUGUUGUUGCAUGAGCAGCAAAUUCCAAGAAGUGAAACAGUGCUAAACUAUAUUAACUGAAAGGUGAACCACCGGAUUACAUAGGUUUGUCAGAAUCUCUUUGAUCUACUUUGCUUUGUCUAUAUAAAUUUUACCAUAUAUUCAAUAUCAGUAUAUCAGCUAGCUAUGUCAGUUAACAGUAGCUGCACGACCUUUCAGAUAUUCUUUAGUUCUUUCUAAUUUUAAUGUUUUAUGGGAAUUAAGUUUAUUCAUUCUUCUGAAGCUAUUCUAUCUAUCCUGCACUGGAUGCUCCCCAUCCAAAAAGGGUUCAUUAAAAACCAUACACAUAUGCAAGCUGCACUGAGGUGGAUCAAUCUACAGUCUGUUGGAGGCAAACUUUGUGAGACUUCCUGGAGUAUAUCAGCUGUCGUUAGUUUCUUUCUUAUUAGAUAGGUAAAUCAUGUUUGUUUGUUCAUUCCGUCAAAAGCUUGGUGUUCUAUCAUUGUUAGUUGUUUGUAUUUAUUCGUUUAUAUUAGCAAUGGGCAUCGAUGGUUUCUUGCCUCUUAUAUCCAUUUUUCUUUGCCUCCAUCUUCAGUGGGAAUCAGUUCAUUACUUGAAGAGUUAAUGUUCGUGUUUCUGAUUGUAAACUGUAUCUGCAGAAAGCUAGAGAAUACUGUUCAAGUACCAGGUCUAAAGGAUCAAGUACCAUUUCACUAGAGUCACGCUAUAAAUCUCCAUGAGGUAUGUUUCUUUCCUUUCUACAUUUGUGGUUGGAGGAUUGGCCCAUAUUAGUAUAUAUUCCAGACCCUACAUCAGGCUAAUCUUAGUUACAGUUUGUUGACAUCUAACCCUUGUGCUAUCACUGCUCUUUGCUCUGAUGAAUAGAUCACCCAAGGUAUGCCUAACAUGGCUUUACCUCCAUAAUCAUGUUUUCAUCCUUGUCAUCAUCAUCAAAAUUUUGUUUGACUUAGUUAUGAUGUUGGGACAUUAUAUGUUGCUUUGUCCUAUCAAUUAGGCUCCUAAGACAAUGUGUAAGAGAUGGCGGCAUGCCAGUGUCAGUGUCUUGUAGGCAUUCUUGACGCAUAAAGGCAACAUGGAAAGGGCUUCAAGGGGAUUUAUGUAAACAAGGUUUGAGAUGGGGGGGGGGGGGGGGAAUCUGAAUUGGAGAAUAUCGCAAGAAAGCCUGCUGAAAAACAUAUGUUAUAAAGGUUUCACGAAGGAUUAUGUAUCAAUGAAGUCGUAGUUUUAGUCUGCGUUGUCAAGGAGGGUGAGCCUUGGCGUAAAAUAUUGCACCAUUCUGACUUGAAGGUCGUAAGUUCGAAACAUGGAAACAACUUCUUUGCAUGUAAGCAACAAUCAUAGAUUUAUAUGUUCAAGAAUCAUAGAUGGUUUGCAUCUAUAAUUGCUUUUUUCCACAUCCGGAUGCAAGUUUGGAUGCAAGUCUCUUAGCUGGGCUGAUGGAGAUGCAGCCCCUCUGUGAACACUCAAACCCAGGAGAUCGGGAUGCAAGUUUCUUAGCUGGGCGUAUGGAGAUGCAGCCCCUUUGUGAAGACUCAAAACCCAGUAUGGAUGGGUGUGGGCACUACUGGCAUUACCCAGUUCUGUUUAGUAUCAGUUCAUUUCCUCUCAAGAGAAGCCAUCCCUAUUUACAAAAUCAUCCAAACUCAUGCAUGCAUGCAUAUAUUGAACUUUGUAAUUAAGAAAACCAUCUGUUCUUCCUGAUUUUGCUUAGAAAUUAAAAGAUCGCCCGAAGUCUCCGUUCUCCUUGGUUUUGCCUUGCUGAUGAAUGAGAUUAUCACAGCAGCGCAUGGAUGCAUGCAUAUGACAGGAGAUAGAAGGAAUGUAGCAUCCAAACUCGAAAGGCAGAUAGAAUCAUCGCUUCGAUCUUGUUUCUACUAUUUGCUCAGCCAAAAACCCUUUCAUAAUUCGAUCUUAUGUCUCUGUUGGGAGCUAAGUUAUGUCGACAAUCACAGGCUGAAAUGCACAUAAAUAAUUACUUAAUGAUGCAUGGGUUAGAUAAUAAUUGGAGGAAAAAAAAAAGAAGAAAAGAAAAAGUCCCUGCCAUGCUGCAUAUCUAGAUGGGAAAGACAAAACAAUACAACUUACCAUGCUCAAAAUUUGAGGGAAAACUCAAAAAAUAAACCUAAUCACUAAUAUGCGUAAAGAAAUUUUGUGCAGUAUACAUGCAGGUAAAACUAAUUUAUUAUCAAAUUGCAUCAAGUUUCAUCGAAGCAGCGCUUCGUCGAGCUGGAACUUUCUGGGCUUGGACUAAGACAACGCAAUCCAAUUAGGUUCAAUUCUUCGCCCACUUCGCCUGGUAGAAUCUCCAGUGGGCUCUUCUGGAGAUCCGACACAACUACACAAUGCUGUAAUGCUCCCUCCUGCUUGUCUGCUGAUGCUCUGAAAACUUAAAAAAGUUUUCUUUCUUCUUCCUUCUAGAUGAUGGCUGAGAAAGUCUUUUCUUGAUCAAAAAGCACAAGCAACAAGUAGAUCUACGUAGAUGACUUGUAAUAUAACACCCUCUUUGUUCAACAAUUUCUGCAAUGAAGAUAGACUUUGCUAACCAAAUAGCUAUUGGUGACCUCAUCAAACAGGGAAAGAUAUUAAAAGAAUUGUCCUCAUUAAUGUUAGAAAAUUUUGCCCCUUUGCAGGCAAAUCCAUAUAUUUACAAAGAAAGAAAGAAAGAAAGAAUAUCCCAGGUGAGGUUCGUUUAUUCAAAGCUACAAUUCUACCUGAUCUCCCUUGCUCAACCCAUUUGCCAACUAAAACACAUGCACAAAACUAGAGGCGGCUCUUUCAAAAUCAAUAUAUUAUGGUCAAGAAAUCUCCCCUCUCAUUUCCUUCCACCUUCCUCUUUAACUCAUUCAGCUCCCUUUCCCCAUAAAAAAGUCCCCACCCCAACCUGGCUUUAUCUUGAUUCCAAUUCGCUGAAAGUAGGAGAAGCCUAUCAGGAGCAGGAAAUGGAAGUGGUGCGAAUGGCACCAACCCUAGAUUUCCAUUUCCAGAGUGCAUCAACCUCGCCAUAUGUGAGCGCUCCGUCGAGCCCGAAGGCCUUCGGCAACCCCUCCGACCACUACUUCUACGCCAGCGCCCCCACUAGCCCAUCUCGAGCUGCAGCCAUCUAUGCCCAUUUCUUUGACUGGGAGAACAAACCUAGCAGGCCAAAGCUGGAUGGCGAUGAUGAUGAUGAGGAGCAGGAGGAGGAAUUUGACUUCGCUGUUGGUUUUGAUAGGCGGCUCCAGAAGAAAGCGCCGACGACAAAUCUCGCCGCCGCCGACGAGCUCUUCGAGAACGGGCGCAUUCGGCCUUUGAAGCCUGCUCCCCAUCUCCAUCAUCCUACAAACGAUGAUGCUAGCGGUAGGACUUUGCAAGGAGGAGGAGGCUGGAGCUCUCCUCAGGUGGUUUUAGAGGAAGUGGUGAAAGAUAGAGGGAGGGCUCCCUCUACUGUUUCCACCACUUCUGCAAGAAGUAGGAGAGGGUCGAGAUCUCUCUCUCCUAUCAGUAGAGGAGAUGGGGACUUUCACAAGUCCCUCACCUCCUCCUCCUUCUCCACCACGACCACCACUGCCACCGCCGCCGCCGCCACCACCACCACCUCUUUGAUAAAGAGUGGUGGGAGCAAGAAGUGGAAGUUGAAGGACUUGCUCCUAUUCAGGAGCGCAUCAGAAGGACGUGUGAGUGGGAGAGGAAGCAAAGAUCCUCUACGCAAGUACACCAGGCUCUCAUCUCCACGAUCACUGCUGCCAUCUUUGUCCAACAAGCGAAGGUCGGGAGGGGAGGAUGUAAAGAACUCCAGCUCCAAGCCAAGUGAUAAGAAUGGUUCGGUGAGAAGAGGAAGCUCGCAGGCCGUCUCCGCCCAUGAGAUGCACUACACCGUGAACCGUGCGGCGUCGGAGGACCUGAAGAAGAAAACACCUCUGCCUUUCCACCGCCAUGGACUCUUCGGUUGCCUCCGCUUCAACCCAGCCAUCAACAGCAUCGCCAGAGGAUUUAGUAGCCACUCGUUCUCUAGGGGACGCUCCUAAUCACUGAUCAUGCUGAAAUGCUGCCAUGAUCAGGAAAAGAAUUAUUGUUCUUUCAUAAAUUUUUGUUAUUUGUUCAUUUUUGUUAAUAUCAAUGAGAAAUUGUGAUCUAUCUGAUAUUAAUUAUAUAAAUCUGGAGAGGUUGUUGUCUAUUGUUUA